CAGAGACUCUAGCUAGUUCUUCACUUUCAACAUGAUGUCAUCUCGUUUCAUUGUCGCCAUCAUCACUGUCUCCUGGUUUAAAGGAGUUUACUCCAGUAAAGAAAAGCAAGUAAUUCAGACUCCAAAUGAACUGUUCAUGAAACCAAACGGUGAAUUCACCCUGAGCUUCACACAUAAAAUGCCAAGCUACAACACUAUUCUCUGGUAUCAGCGUUCAGCAGGAGACACUUCCCUAAAGCUGAUUGGCUAUAUGUAUUACAAGAGUCCUACCAUUGAGACAUCAUAUCAAAGCCAGUUUAACGUGAGCGGAGAUGGACAAAAAACAGCUUAUCUUCACAUCCUGAACCCGAGACACCCUGAAGACAGUGGAGAAUAUUUUGGAGCAGCAAGUAUGCACAGUAAUAAAGACAGUGGAAACAAUGGUGCAUUUAUUCUUGUUGUUUGUCACUGCUUCACAGGUCUUGAUUUAACUUUAGUGUCCAGGAUGCCUCCAGCUUUAUACACAUUUGGAUUUUUACUGCUUAUGUUUACAAGAGAAGUGGAGAGUGUUAUCUUUGAACAGUCCUCUCCUCAAGUUGUGAAGGAAGGGACCAAGGAGGUGAGGAUUAACUGCAGUCACAAUGACAGCGGGCUCCAAGUUAUGCUGUGGUAUCAACACAAACAGAGCAGUCGUUCUAUGAGCCUCAUUGGGUACACAGUCCUCCAGGGUGAACCAAGCUACGAGGUCCAGUUUAAAGACAGAUUCCAGAUAAAAAGAGACGACACAUUGAGAGGAUCUCUCAUCGUUCAAGCAGUGAACCCAUCAGACUCAGCUGUGUAUUUCUGCGCAGCCAGGAACAGCUACGACCCAGCUUACUUUGGAAGUGGCACCAGAUUGACCGUGUUGGAAUCAGGCCGUGAAAUUAGCAGACCAAAUGUGGCGGUGCUUCGACCUUCGCCAAAGGAGUGUCGAAACCAAAAAGAGGACAUAAGGAAGAAGACCUUAGUUUGUGUGGCCGAUGGAUUCUACCCAGACCAUGUCAGCGUGUUCUGGGAGGUCAACGGGUACAAUGUCACCAAAGGUGUGGCGACGGACAACGCUGCCGUCCGGCCGCAGGGAAAAGACUUUUACAAAAUCACCAGCAGGUUGAGGGUCUCUGCUGAAGAGUGGUUCACACCAAGCAGUGAAUUCAAGUGCAUUGUCAGCUUCUUCAAUGGGACCGGUCAUGAGAAUCAUCCAGCCUCAAUUUUUGGUGAUGAAGCUACGGCUACAGGAGUCACACGAGAGAGAUAUUUGAGGAUCUCACAGACUGCCAAACUCUCCUAUGGCGUUUUCAUCGUCAAGAGCUGCAUCUAUGGAGCCUUUGUAGCGUUUCUGGUGUGGAAGCUUCAGGGAUCAGCUGGAAAGCAGAACAACUGAGCUGAGGACUCAGUUCUGGGAGAUCAGGAGUGUUGGUCUCUGUAAAUAAAGGUUGAAAAUAUUGAAUUAUAUCCACAACUCUGUGUGUUGCAGUGCACUUGCUUUGUUACUCAAGUAGAUGAUUAAAUCCUGCUAAAAUAGAUCAGCACUUCAAUGCAUAUUCUUGUUACGCUCUUAAAGCUGCUUUGCCGUGGCAGUUUUAUAAAGGCUUGUAAUAAUAAUUCUGUGUGUUCCUGAAUCGCUUGUGUGCAUAAUAUUGAUUUGCUCAAUAAAAGGAGGAUUUCGUCAA